CAGCAGCUGAGACUGAGAGCAUCCCUUAGUGGCUAGCGGAUGGUGGAAAUCCAUUCGCUGACUCGAAAACACCGCCGCAUUUCCCACCGCCUCCUAUUAGUACCUGUGUCAUCACUUUGUCAGUUCCCCGGCCAGUAAUGCUCUGAAACUCCGACUAUUGGACUCCGAAGACGGGAAGAUGUCCGGCAUAUUCCGGUACAAAACCAAGCUCCGUUCCCUCGCCCCAAAGAUUACCACACUCUCCCUUUCAUCCUCCAAAUUCCACUCCUCCCCUCGUAAAACCCUCCGCAAAAUCUUCGAAUACUUCCCCAGUCCCCAGCCCCGACCCCACCUGAACCCCCUAGGGUUUGUUAGCCAUAUCCAAGAACGUCACAAAUGGCACGGGAGUUCGGAUAAUUACGAUCAUAUUAAAGCGGAAGUGAACUGUCCGCGCUGCUCGAAGCUCAUGAGUGUUCUGUUCUCCAAUCGCCCGUUAUCCAUUUCUCGGAGCGAGCCCGGAGUUUACCAGGCGGUGAACUUGUGCCCUAACUGCCGUACGGCGUUUUAUUUUAGGCCGUUUAAGUUGGAACCGUUGCAGGGGAGUUUUAUUGAGCUUGGGAGGCUUAAAGGAGGGAAGGUGGAUAUGGAGGGGAAUAGUGAAAGUGGUGUCACUGGAGGAAGAGGAGGAGAGAACGGGAAGAAGAUUUGGGAGAAGCUGAGGAACUAUAGUGGCGGGAGUAGUGCUAGUAGUAACAAUGUGAAGGAGGGGAGUUGUAACAGCGGUGGAGAUGUGGAGGAGAAAGCUGUGGGGCCCGCAUGGGUGGAGGUAGGGAGUGGAGGAGGGGAAUUUGAAGGGGCUAAUUUGGGCAAGGAGUUGCCGACUCCGAAGGAGAUAUCUAGAGGGCUUGAUGACUUUGUUGUUGGACAAGAGAGAGCUAAAAAGGUGCUAUCUGUUGCUGUUUACAACCACUACAAAAGAAUCUAUCAUGCUUCCUUGCACGGAGAGUCAGGUGCGGAAUACAGGAGUACCGAUGGUAAGAUUGGAGAUUUUGAUGCUGAUGAUGUGGAGCUGGAGAAGAGCAAUGUGUUAAUGAUGGGCCCAACAGGCUCAGGGAAGACUUUACUUGCAAAGACGUUGGCUCGUGUUGUAAAUGUGCCUUUUGUCAUUGCAGAUGCAACAACACUGACUCAGGCAGGUUAUGUUGGAGAAGAUGUGGAAUCCAUUUUGUAUAAACUACUCAUGGUUGCAGACUUCAAUGUUGAAGCAGCUCAAAAAGGCAUUGUAUACAUUGAUGAAAUGGACAAGAUGACAAAAAAGGCUGAGAAUUUGAGUGCCGGCAGAGAUGUAUCUGGAGAGGGUGUUCAACAAGCAUUGCUGAAAAUGCUGGAGGGAACUAUUGUAAAUGUACCUGAUAAUAGAGCUCGAAGGAACCCACACGGUGACUCUAUUCAGAUAGAUACAAAAAACAUCCUUUUUAUAUGUGGUGGAGCCUUUGUUGAUUUGGAGAAGACCAUUUCAGAAAGACGACAAGAUUCUUCCAUUGGUUUUGGAGCACCAGUUCGUGCUAACAUGAGGCAAGCUGGUCUAACUGAUGCUGCAGUGACAUCCUCACUACUAGAAUCUGUAGAGAGCGGUGAUCUAAUCGCAUACGGGCUCAUACCUGAAUUUGUUGGGCGGUUUCCUAUUUUGGUGAGUCUGUCUGCUCUAGAUGAAGACCAACUUGUUCAGGUUCUCACUGAGCCGAAAAAUGCCCUCUGCAAGCAAUAUAAAAGGAUGUUUGCCAUGAAUAAAGCCAAGUUACAUUUUGAAGAUAAUGCACUUAGACUUGUUGCAAAGAAAGCAAUAGCAAAAAAAACUGGUGCACGAGGCUUAAGAGCAAUACUUGAGAAUAUUUUGACAGAGGCCAUGUUUGAGAUUCCUGAUGCUGGAUCUGGGAGAAAUCUGAUUGAUUUAGUUUUGGUUGAUGAAGAUGCAGUAGGGUCACUGGACAGACCUGGCCUUGGAGCAAAAAUUAUUCAUGGCAAUGGUGGGUUGGAGCGUUCUCCUUAUGAAACAGAAUUGAGAGAUGGACAGGAAGGAGGGGAGAUGGUGAGGGUAGACUUGGAUGGAGAAUUGGAGGUUCCAACAGCCGCCCUAAGCUUGUAAAUAAUUGUUGUGUAACCUUUCCUCCAGUAUACAGUUGGUAUGAAUGAGAACCGCUUCAAAAGGUUGAUAGAUGGCCAAGUUUCGUUCGGCUAGAGCUCUUGAUUGAAAUUUUCUGCAGCACUUGUAUCUUCUUUAUGAGCCAUAAGCGCACCGCAAGCUUUUCUUAGCAAA